GCUUGAAGUCAGCUCCACAGUCCUGGGGAGGCGGCUGAGCCCUGAGCCCCCCAACAGGCCCCGCCCCCGGCGGGGGCCCCCCCGCCCUCCACCUGCUCCCUGCCCCUCAGGGACCCGCGUUCUCCCCCACUCUUUCAGCCAUGCCGCUGUGGUUCCUGCUCCUGGGGGUGCUCUCCUGGCCGACAGCCCAAGCCGAAUCUGGCCAGGGUGGCAUCUGCUGGCUUCGCCAGGGCCGAGAGGCUCAGUGCAGCCUGAUCCUGAGGGCAGGUGUGAGCUGGGAGGAGUGCUGCUCUGCCGGUAAUGUAGAUACCGCCUGGUCAAAUUACACCCAUCAGGGCAACAAGAUCAGCCUCCUGGGCUUCCUGGGCCUGGUGACCUGUCACCCCUGCAAAGAGACCUGUGAGGGAGUGGACUGUGGUCCAGGUAAGGUGUGCAAGAUGCACAGCGGCCGGCCCCACUGCGCCUGUGCCCCGGACUGCUCUGGACUUCCCAUGCAGCUGCAAGUCUGUGGCUCUGACGGGGUCACCUACAGGGACGAGUGCGAGCUGCGGACGAUCAAGUGUCAGGGGCACCCGGACCUGGGCGUCAUGUACCAGGGGCACUGCAAAAAGAGCUGCUCACUCGUGGUGUGUCCAGGGACUCAUACGUGUGUGGUGGACCAAACUGGCAGUGCUCACUGUGUCAUCUGCCGCUCUGCCCCCUGCCCUAUGCCCUCGAGCCCCAACCAGCAGCUGUGUGGGAACAACAAUGUCACCUAUGCCUCUUCCUGCCACCUUCGUCAGGCAACCUGCUUCCUGGGCAGAUCCAUUGGUGUCCGGCACUCUGGGAGUUGCACAGUCAGCACCACAUUGGCUGGGCUUUUGGCCGAGGUGGAGGAUAACUCCGUGUGAGGUGACGCCGCGGGUCCUGCACAGAGCCAAGGCAACCCUAUUUAUUAUGAAGAGGGAGGCAUAUUUAUGGACCCCCAGCCUCCAGCUGUGUUCUCUCUUCUAGACAACUCCCAGAGACCCUUGUUGAGGAAGGGAGAAAUUGGGAGGAUUAUUACAGCCUGACUGGAGCUGCCAUGAGCCGCUGGUAGUGGUGGGAGGGGGAUGGAAAUGGCAAAUACCUUGGAGGGUCCCAAAGAAGGCGAGCUAAUCUCAGGGAGGGGGGGUGGCUGGAAGCUCUGUGGGGGGAGGGGUGGGGCAUAUGUUUCGACAUUCCAUGGGGCCAUCAAGGGAGCCGUAGAGAGGGACAGAGACAGACUCCCAGCUGGGGUUUCACAAUCCCUCCCGCUUAAUGACCCUACUGAUGCAAUUCUGGGCCUAAGGGCUCUGCAGAGGGUGGAAUCCAUAUAUGUAUGUUCCCCCUCUCCCCUUCCUCCUAGAAUAAGGGGCAGAGAUCUACCCGGCUCUUGAGGUUGCGUGAUUUGGGGGAUCCCAAUCCCAAAACGUGUAAUGAUGAUGCUCUCAACUUUGGAGAUAAAAGGGGUGUGUGUGCUGGAGUUGGGGGUAGAGGAAGCCAGGUUCCAUAUGGUGCCCUCCAUGCCAUAGGCCUUCCAUGACUUUUCUUGGGAGAGGGGUCCCCAGCUUUAACCCUUGGCCUCAUUUUAUCCUGAGACUCAAGGUUCCCAAGCCACAUUCUUCCCACAAAGUCAGACUGUCUCUAGAAAGGCCCCUGUAUUGGAGGGAAGGUAUCCUCUUCCCCACCCAAGUGCCAAUUAUCUGUUCUCCUUCCUCCUUUCUUGGGGGAGGGAGGAGGCUCAGGGUCCUCAAAGUUCACUGUGUGACUUUGGGUUAAUCCCUUCCCUUCUCUGGUCCUCAGUUUCUCCCUUUUUCAAAUCGGAACAAGCGCACUUCCCCCUGCCUGAGGAUCAUGGGAAUGUUGGUGAUUUCCUUUGGAAAGUAAAAAGAUCUGUAUAAAGGAA